AUGGCUCGAGAGGAGCUGAUAACGUCAGCGGUUACUUUCCUCCAGGAUCCCUCCGUCUCGUCUGCGCCUCUAGAGAAGAAAGUGGCAUUUCUGCAGUCCAAAAACCUAACACAGGAAGAGAUCGAUAUAGCUCUAACUAGAAGCGGUUCUUCUAGUCCACCCACACCUGCUUCGGAGCAACAGAGUCGUGCAGUUGUUCCGUCGCCAGCUCCAUACCGGGCUUCCCCAAACCAGGGCUAUGGGUAUGGACAAAGUGGUCAAUGGGGUUAUGCAGCCCCUCCGGAGCUCCCGAGGCGUGAUUGGAGAGACUGGUUUAUCAUGGCAACGGUAAUGGGCGGUGUUGGCUAUGGUCUCUACUUUGUUGCAAAGCGUUAUAUUUCACCUUUAAUCGCGCCUCCUACGUCACCCCAGCUUCAACAAGAUAAAGAAAAUGUAGACGAACAAUUUUCUCGUGCAUUUUCUUUACUAGACCAGCUUUCUGCGGACACUGCUGCUCUCAAAGCCGCCGAAGAAGCCCGAACGACACGACUUGAUACUGCGCUCCGUGAUGUUGAGGAAGUUGUUCAGGAACUCAAAGUUUCCUCACGGAGACGUGACGAUGAUACUAGGCGCAUUAGCGAAGAAGUAAGGAGUUUGAAAGAUGGGAUUCCAAAGGCUAUUGAAGGAGCCCGUGAAGGGAACGAGAAACGGCUGAGGGAGCUCAACUCGGAACUAAGGAGCCUGAAGGUUCUCCUGACAAACAGACUGGGCUCUAGUGCACCGACCCUUACACCUAAUAAUACCGCUACCACGAGUACUACCACCCGACCAGAGGUAAACGGAGCUGCUUCUGGGCCUCAACAAACCUCUUCUCCUGCUAUACCAAUCCCUGCAGCUGCCUCUAUACCAGCGUCAACUCCAGCCCCACGGGAGCGUUCCGGCAGCCCGUUUUCCCAGCUUGGAAAACCAGCAAGCAUUCCAGCUUGGCAGAUGGCUGCUGCUAACAAAGCUAAGAGCGCUGCAGCUUCUCCUUCAGUUGAAGACGCAAAGGAAGAGACUGAAAAGGCCGAAAGUAACCAGCAGUCUGCGUCUACCGCCAGUUAA